AUGCGUCCAUUAAACGUGCGUGGCUUGACAGCUACUGGAUCUACAUCCGCUGCACUGACAGCUCCGUCUUCUUCUUGUCGGAAAACAAGUGGCAAGAAGCGUACGCGACGACAAUGUUCUCAUCCCGAUUGCACUAAGGUGGACGCUGGUGGAGGCUCUUGCGUAGCCCAUGGAGGUGGUAGAAAGUGUUCAUUUCCAGGAUGUAUGAAAGGCUAUCAAACGGGAGGUUUUUGCAGACGACACGGCGGUGGUGCGCGCUGUCAAGUAGAUGGAUGCGGGAAAGUGGACGCUGGUAGAGGCAUGUGUCGAGGUCAUGGCGGUGGUAAGCGCUGUCAGAUUGCUGGAUGUCCUAAAGCUGAUGUUGGUGGAGGAUUAUGCACGUCUCACGGAGGUGGUAGGCGCUGUUUGGAGCCAGGAUGUACCAAGAUCGAUCAGGGGGGAGGCAAAUGUCGAGCUCACGGCGGUGCGAGACGCUGCCGCCGACGGAACUGUCAGCAGCCGGCUCGAGGUACCACGGGAUUAUGCACUGAGCAUGGUGGCUUGCGUGUGUGCUCUGUUUUAAGCUGCAGAAGACUUGUGCGCUUGCCCAACGAUACUGGAACGAUGUGCUCAACGUGUUUGAGGAGUCAAAAGCAGACAGCAAUAAAACCCACGCAGCUUGAACUUGACGAGAAUUACACAAACAGUGAUCAUACGGAUGGCAGCCCGCGUAGUAACGUCAUGCCAACCACACAAAGCAUGAAUAAGUCCAUGCUUUCGUUGCUUCCGCUGCUCUCUCCAAUUUUAGUAAACACUCGGUGCGAUGGCUCACACAUUGCGAAUUGCUUGGACAACGGUUGUGCUCGCAGUUUUGGGGGCAAAUGCAAUUGUGUUAAUGACUGUGCGUGCAGUACUCCAACUUCGCUAACCACGCCGCGAAUGGCUCCAAUGCUGACGAGUGGUUAUACCAUAACCAGCACUGCCUCGUCCCCCUGCCAGAAUAUUUGCUCUACCACUAGCGACGUCAAAUCUGUGUUUCAUACCGGUAGCACAUCAACGUCGAGAGCCAUCAUAAUGUCUCGUGUUGUGCUACAGAUCAAACCAUAUUCAAGAUCAAUAGGUGUCGAGGCAAUUGUGGCGAUAUUAGCGACAAUGUCUGGAGUUAGGAGUGUACACUUGUUACCAGAUAGCUCCUUACUUUCCUCUUCUGCCGAACACGAGUCAAAAAGCAGGACAACAGCACCCGGAGAAUGCUUGGAAGUAACGUCAUCGUUGCGCCUCGUUAGAGUGCGUGGUGAAAAAUUGCUGGGCACAGGCAGCUUUUUGACACCGCUGAAAAAUCUUGAUGUUGCCGAAAUCGAUGUGAUCGAGCAAGCGUCAAUGGAAUGGACGCGAAAAGAAGUGGUGCUACGGGUGCCUGAUAUGAUGUGUCCUGGAAACUGCGGUUCAUCAGUGCUCAACGCGGUACGCGUAGUAGACGGGGUUGAGGCCGCCAGGUUACGCUUUGAGCAUCGUCAAGUCGUUAUUCGCGGAGAUAUGAACGUUGAUGCUCUCCGUGCGGCCGUGCAAGACGUUGGAUUCGACUCGGAAGUUGAUGCGGAAAAUCCGCUUCCUCGGCGAUUCCGUUUCCGCGUUGAUGAUAUGAGUGAUGUCGGAUUGAAUGGCGUAAAGCUUAAAGAAGCAUUGACGGCUGUGGAAGGCGUUGAGAAUAUCGUGCUACUCACAGAUCGCGUUGAACUUCUGGUAAUAGCUAUGCUGUUGGAUCCAACUCCACUUGUGGAAGCUGGGGGCCGUGUAGGCUUUAAGAUGGUUGAGCUAUCGGAAGAAGCCUGGGGAAUACCGGUGGAAGUGGUGCCACCGCCUUUUGUAUCGUCAGAUUACGAGGAGGCCAAUACUACAGGGUACCAGCAGGCUCACAACUGUACUUCGCCUAUUUGUUCACAGAUUGGUUGUGAGAGAUACAUGACAAAUGUUGCUCAUACUGCAGCAUUAGCUGUUGGCUGGGCUGUACCUGGCUGUGGGAUGUAUUCUGGUGGUGAAUGUACAUGCGGAGAUAGUUGCAAAUUAGACGUUGCCAGAAUAAAGAAGGAUAUGACAAUGACGGUUGAUAUCGUAGUGGUCUAUGAGCGACAGGAGUAUUACGUGUCGACCCAAACUUCUCUAGAUCGGAAGACGCUUUUUCUAGAUUUACUGCAAUGUCAGCUGUUUUCGCUCAUGGGAGUAAUGCCAAACGAGCAAAUUCUGGUCUCUUCGAGGACUGGCGAAGUGCUGUGUGCCCUUAGCAAGAGCAACGUAGAGACAGUUGCAUUAUCAUCGACAGAGAGCCGCCCUCGCUUCUUUCUCUUUUCCAGCACUAACACCACCUCGACUUUACCGGAACUUGCGAAUGAUUGGAGACAGAUUUGCACUAAAGCAACAUUUGGAGAUGCCGCAAUGGUGCAGCCAGCUUUUCGUAAAAUUGCUUCGGAUGGGGAUGAUCCGUUGGUCAACUUAAUCUGUGGGCCGUGUUUCCGACCGGUGAGUCCUAUGGAGUGGAACGCGUCACAGAUGAUGACAUCGCAGUUCAUCUCCGAUAUUACUGUUAUUGCCGGAGAUGUGGAUGUCGCUCCGCCGCCUGGAUAUACGAAGUUGCCAGUGGAUUUAAAUUACUCGGCGUCGGGUGACUAUAUAUAUCUGUGUGUAAAGCGCGGUGGAUCGCGUGCAUUGACUCAGAUUUACAUUCGUUUGGAUCCAGCAGGCGCUGAAAAUGUUCCAUGCAACGUAGAUAGUGUCAUUUCUUACAAACCAGAAAAAACUGUUAAAGUUUGUUCCAAUAACGGUACCACUGGUAGUGAUGGAUCCGAUACAGAAAUUUGUAUUGGAUAUGACUCGGUGCAACUCAAUAUGGAGCAGCUCGAAACACUAGCUAUCACUGAUAUUGCCAUUGUUGUUGGUGAUCAAUCUGUUGCUUUAUCUGAGUACGUCAAGCUUUCACGAAAUCUGAAUGAUCGUGCAACAGGCUCUUUACCUGUCUACUUGUACUAUCGUUUAGUCCCUCUGGGCGGAUUCGCGUGUAAUUCAGGCAGAGAGCAUAGCGAGUUUGGACAAUGCCUUUUUGCAACCCGUCAUUUGAUUAGAGUGAAAAGCGGUCUUGAUUUGGAAGAGCGACGGCUGACUAUUGCUCACACUACUCUUGCAGCCGAACGAAGGCGUGCAGAUGUAAAUAUUAUGGAAGAGCACUAUCGCCAACAUCAACCCGGUAUGUUAAAGCGACUACAAAGCGGGUUGCAACGUGCACAGUCGUACGAAAAUAAAACGAUGCAGGAGGAAGCACUUAAGCGUAUCCCAGUGGACAAGCUCCAUGAACGUGCUCGAUCUAACGUGUCACCGAUGCCACUCUUACAGGACGAAUUAAUUAAGCAAUUGCUUCACUGGUUCAAGUGUGAGUUUUUCACCUGGAUGGAUCAACCUCAUUGCUCAGUGUGUACAUAUGAAAAAGCACGAUUGGUACGGACAGAAGGCCCCACCACUGCUGAAGAGAUAGCUGGUCAGGCCAGCCGUGUUGAGGUGUAUCAGUGUCCCGUAUGUGAAGCUUUUGCUCGAUUUCCUCGUUACAAUGAUCCAGUAAAAUUGUUGGAAACACGCACUGGUCGAUGUGGAGAAUGGGCAAACUGCUUUACACUCUGCUGUCGCGCAAUGGGAUUUGAGGCUCGUUAUGUUCUUGAUGUGACGGACCACGUGUGGACUGAGGUAUAUUCCGAGCACUUUAAGCGAUGGCUGCACUGUGAUCCAUGCGAAGGCCAACUGGAUUGUCCUUUGACAUAUGAGGUCGGAUGGGGAAAGAAAUUAUCAUACAUAUUUUCGUUUGGUCAUGACGAAGUGGUUGACACGGCUAAGCGAUACACCCGCAACUGGUCCGAAAUGCUUGCACGACGACAAGAUGUAAGUGAAAAGUGGCUGGAAACGAUCAUUAAUCAAAUCAACCACGGCCUCUGGGAACAGCAAAAUCCUGAAAGGGUAGCGAUUUUGUCGGCACGUGCAACUGCUGAGCGCGACGAGCUUUAUUCUAGACGCUAUGUUCGAAACUCUGAAGUGAAGGGACGAGUUUCAGGAUCGGGUGAAUGGAAAAGCCAUCGUAAUGAAACUGGAAAGCAAGACGAAGUGCCUGUCAGUACUUCAGUUGUAUCAUCUUCUGCGAUAACAUCAACGUUCGUGCCAAUUGCAGAGGUCUUGCAAGAUAUAUGCAGAAAUUUGGUGGUCGGUUGUCAGUUUUUGGAAUGCUACAAUCCCUUUUGCUGCACCGGUCGAAUGCGGUUGGAUCACACAGCGGUGCAAUCCGAGGUAAACGAACGAGCUGUCGAAGCUAUUCAAGUGGCAUCAACUUUGAGCUCUACAGGAUUCUCGUCACAAUCACUAGUGAUACUUUUAUGUCCGCUGACAUCGACAGACCUUCGUAAUUUCUUGUGGAAGAAUCGACCUGUGCUGUAUUUACCACUUCAAGACGUCCCUUCUACAUGUAGCGACAGAAGCGUGCCGCUUCUUGACAUAUCAGGCCAUAACAACCACGGAGAUAAUUCGCAGCGUUGUGGCUUGCGUAAGCCAUUCAAGAUUCCAAAUUCUGGCCCGACAAACGAUUACAAUGAUGGAGCUGGAAGCCAAAGGAAGAAUGGGACGUUUGGUAUGCAGUUACUUGGGGGAAAGGUUUUGUCAAUCAUAAGUGGAAAGUCGCUGCCUCCCGAAAACAUCGUGUUGUCAUUUCUUGUUCGCUUUGAUCUGAACAAUGCACUCACAGAUAAAACAAAAGACACGGUAAGCGUUCUAGCUGGUCGAAUAGGAUCUUCUAACCUUUUGUCGCUCGUAAGGUUUGGCAUAUACUGGAGCAAGUUAGAGCGGCAAUUCUUGGGUGAGCUUCAAAUCGAAAAUGAGAAUCCAGAGACGAUUACAUGCACGACUUCGUUAUUGGCCUUUGGUCAGUAUGCGCAUGUCGCUAUUGAACAAGGCAAAAAUGCUGUCGAAAUGUACAUCAACGGAACGAAAAUAUUGGUGCUUAAUGGAGAGUGUCAGUUGAAUAAAAGCGAUAUUAUUAUCCAGGGACCUGGUAGCGAUUCUCCAAGCGUUGCUGCUGUAAUAAGCCAUGUAGCUUUAAUACCGGCACAAUCCUCGGAAUGGACUAAAAUGUUUUGCGCUGGUAUGAAGACGUUUAUAUCUGCUACACCUCUUAAGGCAUUCGGGUGCAACGGAGAGCGUGUCGGCGAGAGGUGUUACGAUGUUAUUGCUGAAGCUCAAUCAGGCUAUCGCGUCGCGCGAAUCUUGAUGUGGGGAAAUGACUUUUUUGACGGUCUUCAAUUUGCCUACGACAAGCUAGACAACGCAAACUCAGCACCUGCCACCGUUUUAGGCUCGUUGGUGGGAAAUGCUCACGCAAAACGUCAAGCAUCACAACCAACAGUCAGUUUUGGUUUGUUACCAAACGAGAUUGUCGCACGAAUGAGUGGCCGUAAGGGCGCUUGGAUCGAUGGCAUUACGUUGCAUACCAAUUUGGGGCGUUCGAUCACGUGCGGGGGUAAGGGGGGAGAUGACUUUGAGGUGUCCACACCUGCUGACAGCGAGAUUCGCUUUAUCGCUUUCACGAUUGGUGAUCACUUGAAUGAUGCCAACGUAUUUGUGUUUCAGACCACAUCAAUGACGUGUAGUGGCUUUCCUGUUUGA